AUGCCGGACGAUACCUCUGCUGAACCUGCAUCAGCCAGCGAGCUGGCCUGUACCGCAUGCCGGAACCGUAAGCUCAAAUGUGAUCGUGCAAAACCUGCCUGUACUCGGUGCACGAGGAUCAAGGGCGAUUGUACCUAUCCCGAGUCCCGAAGAAAGCCUGCUUUCAAGCGUAGGAACGUGCGAGAACUUGAAGCUCGCCUGGGUAAUUACGUCCCCUACACCCGAAUCUGCAUUGCCUGUGUGCUGAGUUUCGUAGCGCAAGUGGAAGAUCUCCUGAAGAAGGCUGAUGGCAAAGAGCCCGCCGAGGAGGUAGUUGAAGAAGUGGCUGAUUUCGACUUUGCCGACUUUGCCCCUCUUACCGAAGAUGUAUUAUUUCAGGGGAUGGACUAUACCGUGCCCACGGGCUCGGGUGGUGACCCAAUGUUGUCAAUGCCCCAAGGCGACUCUUUCAAUGCUGCAUUCAACUUGGGGCCAACCCCGGGAGAGGCUUUUGGUGGCGAGUUGGUGGGAUUAGGCAUGUCCGAACCAUUGCCCCCCUUUGAGCUCAUGGAGGAACUCAACAGGAUAUUUUUCGAGCGGCAACAAAUGUUUAUGCCCGUCCUGCAUCCUGCGCGAUAUUUGCAGUCUUUCUACUCUGCACCACACAUGAAACCUCCCAUGUGCCUUCAGUACGGGAUAUGGGCGAUUGCAUCCAAUGGCAAUGAAAAGUACCAUCAUUUGCAUGAUGUAUUCUAUCAGCGUGCAAGACAAUACGCCGAAGCUGAUGAGAUGAAGGGGUACGGGGAACACUUCAUUACACUUCAACAUGCACAAGCAUGGUGUCUUAUUACUGUGGACGAGGCCAAGUCAAUGUUGUUCACUAGAGCUGCGAUGAGUUCUGCAAAAGCCGUGCGGCUUUGCGAGAUGUUGGGGCUUCAUCGACUAGAUAUACCACCCGAAGAAAUAUCACCUACUUUGUUACCGCCUAAAGAUUGGUUAGAACUAGAAGAGCGCCGCCGGACCUUCUGGGGUACCUUCUGCAUUGACAGCCACUGUGCUAUAUCUACCGGUUGGCCGCAUCUCAUCGAUAGCUCCGAGAUCCUCAAGCAUGUCCACCGACCAAAGCCGGAUGACAACCCCCAGAACUACGAGUACGGAGACUUUUGGAAGCGCCAUCGAGAAUUAGACAAUACACUGUCUAGUGCUUUUAUGUUCCUCCCAGAAGACUAUCGGCUACCUGAGAACUACCAGGAUCCUACCGCCAUAAAUCUGAAUCUCAAUUACCAUGCUUCUAUCAUCUGCCUCCAUCUUGCGGCGUUUGAAAAGAUGGACCAAUACAAGCUUCCCCUCUUCGCCAAAAAGGCAAGCGAGAGUCGACUGAUGACAGCAGCACAAGAGAUCGUGAAUAUUGUCAAAAUGGCAAGCCAUUUAAAAUCAAGCUUUCGGAGUCCCAUGACCGCCAUAUCGUUGUAUUGUGCAGCGUCGGUAUAUAUAUUCCAGAGCCUAGAGACGCAAUCGCCCAAGGGGAUCGAUAACCUUGACUUCGUCAUUGCUGCUAUGGAUGCCAUUGGACGUGAGCACAUGGUAACCAGAGCUUUCUUGAAGCAAGUCAUGUUGGACAUCGAACGGAAUGACCUUACCCAUAUUGUUCGAUUGCCCAGGCUCGACGACAUGCCGCAUGUCGUCGCGGUAGCGAACCACAAUAUUCCUCUACUGGUUCGAUCCAAAGUCUCACGGCACUCGAGAAUGCAACCACCUCUCCCGGGCCGUCUGCCGCUCGGGAACCCCUCCGGCAAUAUAAGCCACAACAGGAUGCGCAAUUGUGGGAUCGGAUUUGGUCACGGAAUCAAAGACAAUGAGCUUACAUCUAGCGGGGAUGACGGAAGCGCGACGAAACGAAUGCGGCCCUCGUCUGUAGAGUCGGGACCUGCAUCCAAUGCCCCAGUCGAGACCGGAGACAGUCCCAGCUGGACACAGAAUGAGACGGGUUCUUCGAUGUCGACAUCGUCAGCUGCCAAUGCAGAGUCUCAGCAGCAUUCGAUUCAGAACCAGGACCAAUCCCAGGUACCGGGUCUGCUAUGGUCUGGCCGCACCCAAAACUUGCCCCAUCGGACAGAUUCCCCAGCGGUUUUCUCGGGUACAGCGCCGGCACGGACACCAAGCUCGCAUGCAAGUAUUGCCACCGGGCCGGGCAUGUCGAAUGGCACAGCCAUCUCCCCCGAUGCUCCUGGCGGUGAAGCCGCGUUCGAAGGAAGUCACACUUGGGGCUUGGCCAACGAGUGCUCGUACCGGCAGUCUCUUGAUGCUGGCGGAACCGGAUCUACGCUCGGGUCAGGACCCUGGAGUACUGGGGGACAGGACGAGAAUGUGGACUGGGCGGCAAUUGCAGCCGCCUCUGGAGUCAACCUGGCCACUCUGGCUGCUAUCGGCAAUGCCGGACACGGUAGAGGCAACGCCAGGUAA